AUGGGUGAACCUGCUUCUGCCUUUGAUGGCAGUCUCGACAAUGAAAUGUCGACCCCAACCUUGGAUGUCGAGUGGGAUGGCGAUAGUCGGUUUCUGAUGAAUCAUUCCGUCAAGAACUUUUCUUGGACUGGUCUUACCGUGACUGUGAAGGAUCGCCAGACGAAAGAGGCCAGGGAUUUGAUCAAUGAUAUCAGUGGUGAUGUUCAGCAGGGUAUGUUUGUGUGGAUCGCGGACAAGCUUGAGUCUUUGGCUUGGCUUGACAAUCUGACUGGGAUAAUGCUAAUCUAUAUCUCGAUCUCGACAGGGGAGCUCGUGGCCUUAAUGGGACCCUCUGGCUGUGGAAAGACAACCCUGCUCAAUGUGCUUGCUCGACGGCCAGCUGCAUCUGGUGCCAAAGUGCUGGGUGACAGCUAUGUCAAUGGCGCCAAGGUCGAUGUUGGAUCAUUCGGUCGCAUGACAUCCUAUGUCGAGCAGGAAGAUGCUCUUAUUGGAUCAUUGACAGUUCGUGAAACAUUGAAGUUUGCAGCAGACCUCUCGCUUCCUAGCUCGGUUACCAAACGCCAGCGCAUGGAUCGUAUACGGACACUUUUGGAGGCCUUUGGUAUCCAGAACCAGGCAAAUACCCUGGUCGGAACCCCUAUUCGCAAGGGUAUUAGUGGUGGCCAGAAACGACGUGUCAGUGUAGCCAGCCAACUCAUCACCUGUCCCAAAAUCCUGUUCCUGGAUGAGCCGACAAGCGGUCUGGACUCGACUGCCAGUUACGAGGUCAUGUCGUACGCGAAGGAGCUAGCACGGGCCAACAAUAUCAUCAUCAUCGCGAGUAUCCAUCAACCCUCCACAACCACCUUCCAGCUAUUCGAUAAGCUUCUCCUGCUAUCCGGUGGAAAGACAUGUUAUUUCGGCCCAACUAGCAAUAUCGUCAGCUACUUCGGAAAGGUCGGCCACCCGGUUCCUUCGCACACCAACCCGGCCGAGUUCCUGCUUGAUAUUGUCAGCUCAGACUUUGGCGGCGCAAAGGGGAAUGCGCAAGAACGAGUUCAACAGAUUCAGAAUGUCUGGGCAGCAUCUGAGGAGUCCAAUGCCGUCGUGAGACAAGUUUCCGAGCGUGCUCGUGAGUCAGAAAAAGCAGCGGGGGUGUUGUCCGCCGAGGAUAUGGCUCGUCCGGGACCGGUCACUAUCACGGCUGCGCUGCUGCAUCGCUCGUUUAUUAAGAGUUACCGCGAUGUCGUUGCUUACGGAAUCAGAAUUGUGAUGUAUCUCGGUCUUGCAAUUAUGAUGGGCACAGUAUGGCUUCGCCUGCACCCAGCUCAGGAUUAUAUCCAACCUUUUGUCAAUGCCAUCUUCUUCGGAUCAGCUUUCAUGUCCUUCAUGGCUGUUGCCUACAUGCCAGCUUACCUCGAAGACCGGGCAAACUUUGCAAAGGAGCGCGCGAAUGGCCUCUAUGGAGCGACACCUUUUAUCGUUGCCAAUUUCCUCAUUGGUCUCCCAUUCCUCUUCCUCAUCUCCAUGCUCUUCUCAAUUGUCUCAUACUGGCUCUCCAACUUCCGCCCCGAUGGAUCCGCCUUUAUGAUCUGGGUUAUGUGGAUAUUCCUCGACCUCGUCGCCGCAGAAAGUCUCGUGGUAUUCGUCACAUCGAUAUUCCCCAACUUUGUCAUCUCACUCGCACUAGUCGCGUUCGCGAAUGGAUUAUGGAUGAGCGUGGGUGGAUUCCUCGUUACACCGAAGAUUCUGAAUCCCUUCUGGAAAUAUGUGUUCCACUACAUUGAUUAUCAGUCAUACGUCUUCCAAGGAAUGAUGGUGAACGAAUUCUCCCAACGAAACUACUCCUGCGGAGAGGGCUGCCACUGUAUGUACACCUCGGAUCUAGCGGAUCAAUGCCAGAUCCGCGGCACGGCGGUACUUCAGCAGUAUGGGUAUGCCACUGGCAGGACCGGCAAAUGGGUGGGUAUUCUCAUUGGUAUCAUUGCGGUUUAUCGGUUGUUCGGAUGGAUUGCGCUGCACCUGCGCCGGACAUGA